AUGGCAAAAGCUGAAAAUAACGAUUCUGAUGUAAAGCCUUCAUCUUCAAAUGAAGCAAGUUCGAUUUGGUCUCAACACGUUGCAGAUAAUGGACGAAUAUAUUUUUACAAUAAAGUGACAAAAGUUUCUUCUUGGACUAAACCAGAUGAAUUAAAGACAAGUGAAGAGAAGGAAAAAUCAGUUUGGAGGGAAUAUAAAACGCCAGAAGGAAAGACAUAUUAUUACAAUACUGUGACAAAGAUUACGACAUGGACAAAACCUGAAAUAUUAAAUGAAGGUAAUAAUUUUAUUUUUCGAUGGUUAGGGUUGGGUUCUGGAUCUGAUAAAAAUUCAGUUCGGAUUAGGAAUGUCACGGGAUUAGGAAAAGUUUGGGUGGAAUAA